AGCGAUGUUUGCACCCCACUUCACGUAGGACGCAGGACACACAGCUGGCUGCAUAUGUUUUUCUUCUUCUCGGGUGUACCUUGUUUCCGGAUAAGAGCGGAAACAAGCUCAGGCCACGCGACAUAGUUGACGCGUGUGAGCCCGACAGAGUAGGCCAGUUUUCUUGGGGGUCGGCUACAUUAGCGUACAUGUAUCGCCAGUUAGGAUUCUCGAGCCGGGCUGAUGCGGCAGGUAUCACUGGAUGUAUGACGUUGUUACAGACGUGGAUAUACGAGUAUUUCCCGGCGUUUCGACCACACCGCGACCCGGUUCCUAUUGGGGAUGGCCAGCCACGUGCCUGUGCGUGGAGUCCGCGUGUCGAGAAGAAGUCCAUUGACCGCCUGCGAUCGAUACGGUUAUUGCUUGACAGGAUGUCCCCAUUAGAGGUGAACUGGAUGCCUUUCGGCCAGAACCCUAGUAAUAGGGUACCCAGGACCCUCUACACGGGACUGAUUCAGUAUCGUGAGAUCGUAGAGGCGUACAUGCCGCAGCGCUGUCUUCGCCAGCUUGGAUAUGUCCAAGUUGUUCCUCCUCCACCAGCAUGGCCCAGUAAGGCCGUCCGAUCUGCGUCGUUGAAGGAGUACGUCGUCCAAUGGCCGGCAAGCAUGAUUGGCACGUGGGAGCAGUUUCCGAUGGUUGCCCGCAUAUGGAUUGAGCAGUUGCAGCGGCCGCCAACUGGGGUGGCUGCCAUGUGUGACCAGCACUACAUGGAGUGGUACAACCGGCACUCGCACCCGAGGUUGAUCAGAGACGUCCACCACGGCGACGACGCCGAUGAUGAUGAUGUGCCACCGCCCACUGCCGUGGAUGCGUGGAUGGGAAAGAUGACGCAGUUGGGACACAGACUUUUUGAGGAGAGGGACAACAUGACGACUGCAACAGGCAGAGCUGUUAUUGAUGAACUGGAACGGGCCCUUGAGCAGUGGCAGUGGGCGUCACAGAGAGAUUAUUGAUAUGUCGGCAGUGCAUUUAUAAAACAUUUUCCUAGUUGUUUGUAAAAGUUAACAUUAUCUGUUCUUAUAAUUAUUAUUUUAAGUUCUUAGAAUUUGACAUUA